AUGGUCUUCAUUAUGCGUCUCACCUAUGUACUCCUUGAGGAGUAUAAAGUUUAUGCCCAGAAUAUUUUUAAAAAGAGAAAGUUGGUUGAAACUGCCAGGUUUUUUUUAAAGAUACAAGGUAAUUAUGAUUGUAUUCCCUCUCAGAUAUUGAAUUUUUCUUCCCAUGAUUUUCUAGAUAAUGAAGAUCUGGAAAACACUAAGGUCACCUCUCCAGUGGCUUCUGCCUCUGAUCCAGAACCCAAUUCCUCACCCUACAGGCUACAGACGGUAUCCCCGGGGAGUGAGGAUGCCCCGGAAGAUCUGCGGAAAGCAGCUGGAGCCUUGGAGGCUCCGGCCUUGGUGGAACGGGAACUGCAGCCUACAGACCAGGCCCGGGUCCUCAACAAGAUGGCCGAGUACCAGGUUCCACAAAGGUCUGGGGACAUCGUUAUGAUCCAGUCUGAGCACACGGGAGCUAUAGAUAUUCUUUCAGCUGAUUUGGAAUCUGCAGAUCUUCUGGGGGACCACAGGAAAGUCUCCCCACCUCUGAUGGCUCCUCCGUGCAUCUGGACCUUUGCCAAGAUGAAGGAAUUCAAAAGCAAGCUGGGCAAAGAGAAGAACAGCCGUCUGGUGGUGAAGCGGGGUGAGGUGGUGACCAUCCGAGUUCCUACCCACCCAGAGGGGAAGCGUGUCUGCUGGGAGUUUGCGACCGAUGACUAUGACAUUGGCUUUGGAGUUUAUUUUGACUGGACCCCUGUAACCAGCACUGACAUAACUGUGCAGGUCAGUGAUUCCAGUGAGGAUGAAGAUGAAGAUGAGGAAGAGGACGAGGAGAUUGAAGACCCUGUCCCAGUUGGAGAUGUGGAGAGAGGCUCCAGGAGUUCCCUGCGAGGUCGCUAUGGGGAGGUCAUGCCUGUGUACCGGCGGGACAGCCACCGAGACGUGCAGGCUGGCAGCCACGACUACCCUGGUGAGGGCAUCUACCUGCUCAAGUUUGACAACUCCUACUCCCUGCUACGCAACAAGACUCUCUACUUCCACAUCUACUACACUAGCUGAAGGCCAGCUGGGACAGGAGGCAGGCGGGUGUUUGCUGGCUGGAGCAGGCUGCCAGCUGGGGCCUCUUGCUCUGGAUAUGCAAGAGCUACAAGUUGAGCGUGAGGCUCCUGACCCUCAUGCCCUGCCUGGCAUGCCUGGCUGUCACCCCCAUGUAGCUUUUCCCCCUUCUUGGCUUCUGCAGGUGGUGGUCUAGUGCCCCUGUUCUGUGGUCCCUGACUUGUGCUCUUCUUGCUUCAGACUCCAGCAAAAUCCCUCUGUGAAGGAACCCAUAAGGCAAAAGCCUAAAAGGAAGUCGGGUGUUGUCUUU